UUAAGCUUCCCUCAGUUGCUACAAGGGGAAUGGGUUCCGGGAACUGCUAGUGAAAGGCACUGAUGGAAUACUAUUAAUCCUAAUGAUAACGUUCCCGACACAGGUAAACUCUGAAAAGAACUGCGAGUGGGAAGAUCCUGCAGGAUUUCCGAAGCGGUGCUCUCCUGAAUUCUCAUUGGACCAUCCCCAGCAGCCUAAGUCAUUGCUGCUGCACUCUGAGGAUGACUACAGCCUAGCCCACUAAUUCUCUACUCCCUGUCUUCAACAAAUCCUUUUACUUCUCUUUGCAGAUCUGUUUGUUUCACAUCUUGCUCUGUGGCUUGCCCAGCUCCAGCCUUUCCUCACUGUGUGGGGACAUACAGUUCGGUAAAUUUGUUCGCCUGAGGAUCAUCACUGACUAGGUCCUCACUGCUACCCAGCCCCAGUAAAAAGCACUUCUUUAGUAUUUUGCCUCCUUUACUUAGGGGAUCUUGGCCAGUCCCUGAAUAGCUGGCUUUCAGUUGGUUAGAUGCCACCAGGAACUGCUGAAUACUUCCAAGCCUUACUGCCCUGCAGCUCACAGAUCUGCACUGCUUUGGAAGACCAUGGAAUAUCUGCUUGAACCCUGGAUGUAUUUCUCUCACAGUCAUCUUGCUUCAUGAAAUUUCCUGUGGUGUUGAGAGAAAGCUGAGAGGAUGAAGGUUCUAAGUCCCCAGUGGAAGCAUGAUAUGGCGGCGCAGAGCUGGUGCUGAAUUGUCCUCUCUGAUGGCUCUAUGGGAGUGGAUAGUACUGAGUCUUCAUUGCUGGGUUUUAGCGGUUGCUGCUGUCUCUGAUCAGCAUGCCACAAGCCCCUUCGACUGGCUCCUCUCUGAUAAGGGACCCUUCCAUCGCUCACAGGAGUACACAGACUUUGUGGACAGAAGCCGACAGGGAUUUAGCACAAGAUACAAGAUAUACAGGGAGUUUGGCCGUUGGAAGGUAAAUAACCUUGCAGUUGAGAGAAGAAAUUUCCUUGGCUCUCCUCUGCCUCUUGCCCCUGAAUUCUUCCGCAACAUAAGACUUUUGGGACGGCGACCGACUCUUCAGCAAAUUACAGAAAACCUUAUCAAGAAAUAUGGGACUCAUUUCUUGCUAUCUGCUACUCUGGGAGGAGAGGAGUCACUCACAAUUUUCGUCGACAAGCGGAAGCUGAGCAAAAGAUCUGAGGGAAGUGAUACAAGCAGCAACAGCUCGUCUGUCACCCUAGAGACCCUUCAUCAGUUGGCUGCUUCCUAUUUUAUUGACAGGGACAGCACUCUUCGCAGACUUCACCAUAUCCAAAUUGCAUCCACUGCCAUUAAGGUGACAGAAACACGGACGGGUCCUCUUGGCUGCAGUAACUAUGACAACCUAGAUUCUGUCAGCUCUGUUCUGGUUCAGAGUCCUGAGAAUAAAAUUCAGUUGCAAGGGCUUCAAGUUCUCCUUCCCGACUAUCUUCAGGAACGUUUUGUGCAGGCAGCGUUGAGCUACAUUGCAUGUAAUUCAGAGGGUGAGUUUAUCUGCAAGGAUAAUGACUGCUGGUGCCACUGUGGUCCAAAAUUCCCAGAAUGCAACUGCCCCUCCAUGGACAUUCAAGCCAUGGAAGAGAAUCUUCUUCGAAUAACAGAAACAUGGAAAGCCUACAACAGUGAUUUUGAAGACUCAGAUGAAUUCAAAUUCUUCAUGAAAAGACUACCCAUGAAUUAUUUCCUCAACACAUCAACAAUCAUGCAUUUGUGGACAAUGGAUUCUAAUUUUCAGCGCCGCUAUGAACAACUAGAAAACAGCAUGAAACAACUUUUCCUGAAGGCACAUAGAAUUGUCCACAAGCUCUUUAGCCUUAGCAAACGGUGCCACAAACAGCCGCUCAUCAGCCUACCGAGACAGAGAACCUCAACCUACUGGCUCACUCGCAUCCAGUCCUUUCUCUACUGCAAUGAGAACGGUCUCCUGGGCAGCUUCUCUGAGGAGACGCACUCCUGCACCUGUCCCAACGACCAGGUAGUGUGCACAUCUUUUCUGCCCUGUACCGUGGGCGAUGCCUCUGCCUGCCUGACCUGUGCACCUGACAACCGUACCCGCUGUGGCACCUGCAACACGGGCUACAUGCUGAGCCAGGGACUCUGCAAGCCUGAAGUUGCAGAGUCAACCGAUCACUACAUUGGCUUUGAGACUGACUUGCAAGACCUGGAGAUGAAAUACCUGUUGCAGAAAACCGACCGACGAAUAGAAGUCCAUGCCAUCUUCAUCAGCAAUGACAUGCGCCUCAAUAGCUGGUUUGACCCUUCCUGGCGUAAGCGAAUGCUCCUGACCUUGAAAAGCAACAAGUACAAGUCCAGUCUGGUUCACAUGAUCCUGGGACUCUCUUUACAGAUCUGCUUAACUAAAAACAGCACGUUGGAGCCAGUGCUGGCUGUUUACAUCAAUCCCUUCGGUGGCAGCCAUUCAGAGAGCUGGUUUAUGCCAGUGAGUGAGAGCAGUUUUCCAGACUGGGAGCGGACUAAGCUGGACCUCCCACUACAGUGCUAUAACUGGACACUGACUCUGGGAAACAAAUGGAAGACAUUUUUUGAGACAGUACACAUCUACCUGAGGAGUCGCAUCAAGGCAAAUGGCCCCAACAGCAAUGAGAGUAUUUACUAUGAGCCUUUGGAGUUUAUUGACCCAUCCCGGAACCUGGGCUACAUGAAAAUCAAUAACAUCCAAGUGUUUGGCUACAGCAUGCACUUUGACCCUGAAGCUAUCCGGGACCUGAUUUUGCAGCUGGACUACCCCUACACUCAGGGAUCCCAGGACUCGGCACUUUUGCAGCUACUAGAGAUAAGAGACCGUGUAAAUAAACUCUCCCCACCUGGUCAGCGCCGUCUAGAUCUUUUCUCUUGCUUGCUUCGUCAUAGACUCAAGCUGUCUACUAGUGAGGUGGUGAGAAUUCAAUCUGCUCUGCAGGCAUUUAAUGCCAAAUUACCAAACACAGUGGAUUAUGACACAACCAAAUUAUGUAGUUAACCGUAAAUGUCAAGCACAACCCAAAACUUUGAAGGAGUUUUUACAGUGCUUUUGUGGAACAGUAUAUGUUUGGAAAAGUAAAUUUAAAUUGUCUUUUCAAUAUCUGUCUUAUAUCAGUCAAUAACGUUGGAUGGCAAUUUACACACAUGAACUUGCUGACAAUGAAUAUAUUAUACUACAGUUUUGGUUUAUGAAUGAAAUAAAUACUGACACCAGUCUAGAAGACAUUCUACUUUUUACAAUAAAUUUCAUUUGUAAUUUUAUAUGUUCCGUGGCAACGCUUUUGUGCAUUACAUCCUCUAGAGGGAACAUAAAAAAAUACCAAUAAAAUUUUGUAGCUGAACAGUUAUUAACAAGAAGUGCUGUGGGAUUCUUUUUUUUUCCCAUGAAAUGAGUUUGUAGGAACCUGGGGAAAAUUCUCCAGGAUGUUUUUAUGGAAAGAGUUGAAGGUUCCUUCUGAUCAUCUUUUCUGAAAACCCAAAUAAGAGGGUUGUUUGCAUCCUGUUCGUUUCUCAUGGUGAAGAGCAGAAUGGCUGAAAGAUGUUUAUCAGCUUCAUUUUAAAACUGAGAAAGUUAUCAUUAAAGUUGCCAUGAAAACUUGUUCCUAAAAAAUACUAAUGUAUUUCAGUAAACAUAUAUCAAAAUUAAACAAUUAUAAGCCAAAGUACAAGGAACAUAAACCUUACCAGUCUUUGUCAUCACUCAUUCCAAUUCUAAUAAAGUCACACAAAUUCUGUAUAAUAAUUUAAAAAGAUGAAAAGCUACAUCUUACCAGUGUUGAUAAAAUAAAACUUAUAGAAUUCAAAAGCUUUAAUGUAAGGGUAUAAAACAUACUCAAAGCUACACCUGACAAAUAGAUGCAUUUAUUUCUGAUACUCACUAAAAUACACCUGAUGUGGAGAACUUUCAUAAUGUUUCCUUUGAAAUAUUUUUUCAUUUUUGUCUCUUAACUAAGGAUUGAUCUACAUUUGGUUAUUUUUCUAUAAACUUAAUUUUCAUUUUUAUUAGAGUAUAUAGUAAAAUAUUUUGUUACUUAUCACACAGACCUUGUCUAUGUAUAUUUUACAACUUCUUCUUAUUCUCUGACCAAAAACACUGUUAAUGCCAGCUUUCUUGAGGUUAUGGGGCAUCUUUUCUAAAAGAACAAAAUAAGAACUCAUGAAAGAAAUAUGAAAUUUAAAUAAAACAAAAAAUACAAUUGA